AUGGCCGUCCCCAUUAGCAGCCCCUCGCCCCGACUCGACCGCUUCCAAAAAGCCAUGGAGUCCGUAUAUGGCAGCUUCAGCAGUAUUGACGACCCAAAGACCUGGACUCCGCCCGCGAACUCUGGCGGCCACCGAGGCCGCUACCUCUGGACCGACGCAUUCGGCGUGAUAAACCUCCUCACAAUGCACGCGGAAUACUCCAAAGCUGGCACCAGUCCCGGCGAUGACAGGUACCUGCAGCUUGCGCGCCAGUUAAUCGAAACCGUGCACGACGUGCUGGGUAGGACGAGGGACGGCUCGGCACGUCUACCGGGUGCAACGGAGGCGAAUCCUCUGGGAGGCGGACUGCGCAUUGGGAAGACAGAUGAGCAUGGCUCCGAUUGCGACGGGCAGUAUCAUCACUAUCUGACACUGUGGAUGUUUGCGCUGAACCGGAUGGCGAGGGCGUCGAGGAAUAUGCAGUAUAACCGGCUGGCGGUGGAACUGGCGCGGGCGAUUCAUCCGAAGUUCUUCAGGGAUCGGACGAGUGACCGGCCGCGGAUGGUGUGGAAGAUGUCAAUGGACCUCUCGGUGCCUUUGGUUUCAUCGGAGGGGAAUUUGGACCCUAUUGAUGGGUUUGUGACAUUUCGCAUUCUGCAAGCGACGGCUCGAGAGGCGAAGGACGGAGAGUUCCUGGUGGAGGAGAUUGCGGACUAUAAGCGGGUGAUGGCGCGGAAGGGAGAGCACUUUGUCUCUGAUGAUACCUUGGAUUUGGGCAUGACGCUGUGGACGGCACAUUGGUUUGCAGACAAGGAGGAUUGGGCAUCGAAUCUGGCGACACGAUGCUUCGAACAACUCUAUGACCUGUUCGAAAUUAAUCGGCACCUCGCGCGGAAUAUCAAGUAUCGUUUGGCCUUCCGCGAAUUUGGCACUUGUGUAGGAGCUCAGUGCCAGGCACAGCAAACCACGGACAAGGAACGGGCGGUUGAUUACAAGACGUGGUCUGAUGCCAUCAUUACAGAUUGGGAUCCUUAUAUGCAGCUCACUAUCUCGGAGGACCUGACUCCGCAGGGCUUGCGGCCCAUCACUCGUGUGAUGUAUGCCGCCGCCCUCAUGCCUGGAGCCUUGAAACCCAUCGCGGAUCACUAA